UGGGCACAAGGGAGAGCAAGCCUGUUCUACAGAGGCCUGGGACCUGGGCUACAGCACAGGAGGAGUCCUCCUGGACAGAUCCACACCCACAGCUGGAGGCUCCCAUGGCCCUUGGCCCAUUGAAUCUGCCCUCCACGAUCCCUCCCUUCCCCACCCCAGGCCUGGACCUUUCUCAUUUAUUCUUAUUGCUGAGGUGCUGGAAGAGGCACCCAGAAGCAAGCCUCUCCACCUUCAAUUCUGUCCCCCGUGCCCCUCCCAGAAGCGGUAGGAAAGGCCUUAUGGCCAGGAGGUCCUCACUGCCACCUCUGCUGCUGUUUCUGCUGCUGUUCCAAGCCUCUGCCUCCUCACAGGCAGCCUGGCUUCCCCACAACCUCAUCUUGUCACAGACACAAAGCUUUGUGUCCCAGAAUGGAGGAGCUGCUGGCUACCUUACCAUGGCUACAGAGCUGCCAAACUGCACCCUGGACUCUGAUCCUGUCCUGGUCCCUGUGUUCUAUGGACUCCUGAUGGCCAAGACCCUGGUGCUGUUAGCCUUGCUCCUCAGGGUCUUAAGAAAUGUGUGUGGGCUACACAGGAGCUUCCUGGAGGCAUCUAACCCAAGCCAGGCCACAAGUCCCAAGAUGGGUGGCCUGUCUCCCUCAAGCCGGGGCUCCCAGGAGCUCCUCCCAAACCUCUGAAUAACAUAAUUCUUCAAGAAAGGUUCAGAACUUGAUCCAAAGUUCAGGACUACUCUGCUCAAUACAGACCUGAGCCCUCCCUAAUAUUAUGUUAUCAAGCUGAGGGGUACAGCCCGUGCCCCCCCCAGUCAAGUUCAGCCACCCAUCCUCAAUAAUCAAAAAAAGAAAGAAAGAAAAAUGAGUAGUGAAAAGAAGAAACAGAUUUACUCCAUGUGGCCAUGCUGGGAAGAGGAACAAAGACCCCAAGUCCAUCUUUAAGGUCCAAAAAAGGAUUAAAGUCUAAGUCGAGGCCAAAGAUGCACGUCUGAGCAGUCCUGCCCACUGCCGACCCCCACGGACUGAGCUGCGGUCUCACCCUGUAAGGCUGACUGACAAGUUGUCAGGGUUUGUGAGCCCCUCCCCAGCUACAAACCAGCCUUGUCCAUCUCCCAGUGCGAAAUCUGCACAGCGGAGCUCCUCCGUGUCAGCUGGGCGACUUCCAUCCGUGUGCUGUUACACACAAGCUCGAUCCAAACCAUGGCCCGCCUGUCAAUCAGCCCAGAGUCAUGCUCAGCCACACCCCGUCCUCCACUGUGCACCCCCUCCCCUCCCACGCCCGCUAACCUUGUCACACCAGCAUGGCUGCAGGCGCCGCAGCUGCCCAGCUCCCAGGGGCCCCGCCACUGGUUUUGUCGUCCUUUCUCUCCUGUUUCCAUUCAUGGUUCAUUCCUGGAGG